AUGGCGACCCAAGCAGUGCAAGUUUUUGGCAAGAAGAAGAAUGCCACGGCGGUCGCCCGCGCUGUGCAGGGCCAUGGCCUGAUCAAGGUCAACGGUGUCCCUCUCAAGCUUUUCGGCACUGAGAUCCUCCGGGCGAAGCUCUACGAGCCCGUCCUCCUCCUCGGAGUCGACAAGUUCACGAAUGUCGAUAUUCGCGUUAGAGUGACCGGUGGUGGCCACGUCUCGCAGAUCUAUGCGGUGCGCCAAGCGAUUGCCUACUACGCCAAAUACGUCGAUGAGCACUCCAAGAACCUCCUUAAGACCGCCCUUAUUCAGUUCGACCGCAGCUUGCUAGUUGCCGAUCCCCGGCGCUGCGAGCCCAAGAAGUUUGGCGGAAAGGGUGCCCGUUCCAGAUUCCAGAAGUCUUAUCGUUGA